AUGGUCUCAGAUGCCUACCCCAUUCCUCACAUUGACGAGCUGUUAGAUAAAAUGGCUCAGGGCAGAUACCUUACCACCAUAGAUCUGUGUGCCUCUAUGUUCGAAUUGGGAGCCGGAUUGAGCCAGGUCAGGGACGAUGACGGAGAACACGCAGUAGCUUCUCAGCAGGAAGCUCUUACCCAGGGAGAUCUUGGCACGUGGGUCCAUCGAACAAGAAGUCAAUGUACAGAGCAGAGACUGGAGACCUUUCCAGCUCAGGCUCAGGUCGGGAACGUUCUUCCUGCGAGCUGGGAAAGCCAGAUGGCUACAAUAUACUACACAGAGAACCAGAUAAUAGAAAUAUCUUCAUCACCAGAACAUGAGGACUUCAAUCCCUCGGCAGGUUACGAAGAUAUAUCCCUGGAGUGUGAAGUCACCACUAACCCCCCGACAGCUCCCAGCAACACAAGGAUCAAGAAGGUCAAUGGGGAGAAAACUCGAGAGAUCCUGGUGUUUGAAGUGUUGCAGAAGCUCCGGAACCUGAAAGAUUUCUGCAUAGCUUGCGGCCAUCUGAAUGCUACCCUGGAGCACCCCUUAUUUAAGGGAGGCCUGUGCCGACGUUGCAUGAGCUGGUUUGUGGAGUGGGGCUACCAGCUUGACGAAGAUGGCUACCAGUCAUACUGCUGUGUGUGCUGCUCUGGGCGAGAGGUGCUGAUGUGUGAAAACAGAAACUGCUGGAGAUCUUUCUGUGUGGAAUGUGUGGAUUUAUUUGUGGGACCUGGCACAGCUGAGGCGGCUAUUAAAGGGAAUCCCUGGAUUUGCUAUUUAUGUCGUCACAAGAUCACCCAUGGGCUACUAAGGAGACGGCGUGACUGGCCCAGCCGGCUGCAGGGCAUAUUAUCCAAUAAACACGAUCAGGAAUUUGACCCACCAAAACUGUAUCCACCUUUACCAGCUGAGAAUCGGAAGCCUAUUCGAGUUCUGUCCUUGUUUGACGGGAUUGCAACAGGUCUGUUGGUUUUAAAAAUGCUCAGGAUCAAGGUAGAGCGAUAUAUUGCAUCUGAGAUUUGUGAGAAUGCCAUUGCCGUGGGAACUACGCGACAUCCUGGGGAGAUCACAUAUGUAGGAGACAUAAGACAUAUCACCCGCAAACAGAUCCAGAAAUGGGGACCAUUUGACUUGGUGAUUGGUGGCAGCCCUUGUAAUGACAUUGCAGUAGUCAACCCAGCCCGGAAAGGCAUAUAUGCAGGCACAGGAUGUCUCUUCUUUGAUUUUCCCCGUCUUCUCCAUGAAGCUCAGCCUAAAGCAGGUGAAGAUCGUCCAUUCUUCUGGCUCUUUGAGAACGUGGUUGCCAUGGAUACCCACUUCAAAAAAGUAAUCUCACAACAUCUGGAGUCAAACCCUGUUAUGUUUGAUGCGCGAGAGGUGUCGGCAGCGCACAGAAACCGUUACUUCUGGGGCAACCUACCAGGAAUGAACAGGCCUCUCGUUGCUACAGCAAAUGAUAAAUUGAAUUUACAGGAUUGCCUCGAACAUGGCCGGGUAGCCAAGUUUAGUAAAGUCUACACCAUCACCACUAAUCCGAACUCCGUCAGGCAGGGCAAAGGCCAGAAGUUCCCCGUGAUCAUGAAAGAGAAGGAAGACAUCCUGUGGUGUACGGAGAUGGAGAGAGUCUUUGGAUUUCCUGUCCAUUACACUGACGUUUCCAACACCACCCGCACGGCCAGACAAAAGCUCUUAGGACGUUCCUGGAGCGUGCCCGUCAUCCGCCAUCUUUUCUCCCCCCUGAAGGAAUACUUUGCUAGUGUGUAG